AUGGAGUCGGUGAGCAGAGCGGGGCAGGAGAUCAGCCUGGCGGCUCUGAAGCAGCACGACCCGUAUAUCACAAGCAUCGCCGACGUGACCGGCCAGGUAGCGCUCUACAGCUUCAGCCCGAAGGCCAACGAGUGGGAGAAAACUGACAUAGAAGGGACCUUAUUUGUAUACAAAAGGUCAGCUUCUCCUUAUCAUGGUUUUACAAUAGUGAAUCGACUGAACAUGCACAACCUGGUUGAACCAGUAAAUAAAGAUUUGGAGUUCCAGCUCCAUGAACCUUUUCUUCUCUACAGAAAUGCUAGCUUGUCAAUUUACAGUAUAUGGUUUUAUGACAAGAACGACUGUCAUCGAAUAGCAAAACUCAUGGCUAAAGUGGUAGAACAAGAAGCUCAGAGAUCACAGCAAGUUUCCCAGGACAGAAAAAGUCCCAGCAGAACCAAUGGCUGCAAUGAAAAGAGGCCCAUUGACAUCCUGGAAAUGCUUAGUAAAGCCAAGGAUGAAUAUGAAAGGCCAUUUCAGUCAAGGCAGAAGCAUCUGACUUUGGAGGAACUCUUUGGAACCUCUGUACCUAAGGAACAGCCCACAGCUCCGUAUCCCAAUCCAGAGAGACUGGAGAAGUUGCAGAUGGACACCUCUGCCAGAGAGCAGCACAGUUUGCUUUUGCCUUUUUCUUUUGACCAGUCAACAGUAAUGAAACAGUCCCUAGGGAAAUCUGAAAGUCCCAGCGUUAAAAGCAGUGCCAAUCCUUUGACUCGGCAGGAAUGUCUAACACCUAUGCUAAUACCUCCAGCGUCAGUCUCCCAGCCUGAUAUAAAAAAUGUUUCAAGCUAUUCGGUUCGUUUAAGCCCUGUUCUUAAUUCAGCCUCAGCAGUGGAAGCUGGCUCUGUUCAGAUGCUUCCUGGCCUAAAACAAAACAACAGUAUAAUGCAAGUUAUGCAGCAAGCUGCCAAGCAGAUAUCCCCACUAGUGAAUCAGCCGCCAUCUGAAGUGAACCACGCUCCACAAAACCUAAUGGCUGGUCAAAGCCAGCUUAUAGCACCCUUGACACCAACAAACACAGGAACUGUCUCAAAUACGUCCCAUACAAGUGUUGAUCUUCUUCAGAAACUCAGGUUGACCCCACAGCAUGACCAAAUGCCACAGCAGUCUCUCACUAAGACUUCCUUAACACCAAACAUCUCUGCCUCGAUCGGCCAACUUGCAACACCAGAAAGCUUCAAAGAAUCUCACAAUAAGCCAUCAACCUUGAACAGCAAGAUAAUCUCUCCCCUUCAGGCUGUGCAACAAAACAAGGACUCAGAAGUGUUUCCACAGACGAAGACUCUGUCUAAAGCAAGUCAAGUUGCACCUCCACAGUUUGUUACAGCAACGACUACAGUAACAUCUUCAGUCCUCUUGUCUCCUAGUGUUUUUCAGCAAUCAGCUACAAAAGCCACUGAAGUGGAUAAUAAAGCCAGUUCUUCACCUUUAACACUUGGAACAACAGAAGUUCAGACUAUACCUCCUACUGUUCUCAGUAGGUCUCAGCUUCAAGAAGCACUGAUACAUCUAAUAAAGAAUGAUUCCCGUUUUCUCAGCACUAUUCAUGAAGUCUACUUGCAAGUCCUAACCAAGAAUACAGAUAACAUUAAGCUAUAA